GUGCAGUGCAUUCGCGUUCACAGGAGCGCGAGGGCAGCUGUUACAGCGUCCCUCUCGCGCAACUGCUCCACAAUCUUCAAAACACUGAUCGCGAAUACGGAUCCAAAGACAUUGUCUGGGAUCAUCGUUCCUGGCUUCUCCGCGACGCAGCGCAACAUCACUCCUCAUCGCCGCGCACCCAGCCGACAUGGCCUCAUCCGUGAGCGGAGCGGAGGAAGUGCGCGUGUCGGCGUUGACGCCCCUGAAGUUGGUGGGUCUGGUGUGUAUUUUCCUCGCGCUGUGCCUGGAUGUCGGGGCCGUGCUGAGUCCGGCGUGGGUCACCGCAGAUGACCAGUACCACCUGUCCCUGUGGGAGUCUUGCUGGAAGCCCGCUGCCUCCGCGACCUGGCGGUGCAGCAGCACGCUGGGGACCGACUGGCAGAUUGCCACAUUGGCUUUGUUGUUGGGUGGAGCUUUCCUUAUCCUCCUUUCCUUCCUGGUGGCCCUGGUGUCUGUCUGCAUUCGCUCCAGGAGACGCUUCUACCGACCGGUCGCAGUUAUGCUCUUUGCUGCAGUGGUCCUACAGGCCUGCUGUUUGGUGCUGUAUCCCAUCAAGUUCAUUGAGACCAUCAGUUUGAGAAUAUACCACGAGUUUAACUGGGGCUACGGUCUGGCCUGGGGAGCCACCAUCUUCUCCUUCGGAGGAGCCAUUCUCUACUGCCUGAACCCUAAGAACUACGAAGAUUACUACUAAACAUGCUACAACACCCACAAUGCACUUCAAUGUACUCUUCACUGUUGUGAUAGCACCUCGUGCACGGAACGUUUGUUCGGAACCUGCUCUUGUCGCUAACACACAGACCCUCAAAAUGCGGAGCAAUACCGAGCUGUUAGAUACGUACAUGCAUUCUCUUUUUCCUCAGAUUACUCUAUCAUUCAAUUAAACCUCUUCAUCAAA